CGCGUGUCUUAAAAAAAAGGGAAAAAAAAGAAAAAAAGGAGGGGGGUCUCUAAAUAGAUUUCGAUUUUUUGGAAGCGCUUCGACACCCCUCCGUUGCAAGGAUCUGUCGAGAUUUUCUGCACAAUAUGAAGCAGUGACGGGGCGAUCAAAAUGUGCGGCGGAUGUGUGCAACAGGAAUACCCAAACCGGGGGAACACCUGUCUGGAGAAUGGGUCCUACCUGAUGAACUACCUCUCCUGUGCCAACUGCCACAAGAGAGACUUCAUGCUGAUCAGUAACAAAACCACCGAGGACGACGACGGAGAGGAGAUUGUCACAUAUGACCAUGUUUGUAAGAACUGUGACCAUGUCAUCGCCAGGCAUGAGUACACGUUCUCUGUCGUGGAUGAAUAUCAGGAGUACACAAUGCUGUGCAUGCUGUGUGGGAAAGCAGAGGACUCCAUCAGCGUGCUGCCAGAUGACCCCCGGCAGUCGGCCCCUCUCUUCUAAUAGAUGUCAAAAGGCAUCAACCUGCUUGUUCACAUUCAAGAUCAACAGCUGUUAACAGACAUCACUGACAUGUUAGAUACUGCUGCACAGAAACAGGAUUUGAAUACUUCGAUUGCAGUUGAGUAUGAUAAGUCAGUCAAUCAAUCAAGUUGCAUCGCUGAUUUUGUUUGAAGCAAGUAAUAUAAUCUUGAACCAGGCUGUUACUUGAUAGUUUAAGAUGACCCUUCACAGCAAUGUCAUAAUUUGUGACAUGUCUGUGGGUGAUAAACUACAUGAGCUGCAUGGUCAUUUGCUUUUGCCAAAUAUUCCCACUAAGCUUCACACAAUAGGGAGGAUGGCGAGUACACACUUGGCAUUCACACCACUGACACCAGUUCUAAUAUUAGAUUGCAAAUCUCAAUUCAAAUUAGACAGUAAUAUUAAAAUAAUCAGUCAUAACUUGUGACACAAAAAAUGUGUCACUAACUGAUUUGUUUUGCAGCUUUUACUAUGAAUGAGCUCGGUAAGACAGGAGACAGGCAUGGAACUGAGAAACAUUUUGCAGGGAUCCAGCUUGUGAAUUAAAAACGAUUUUUUUUCUGUAAAACUGUUACAUGGUUAGCGCUUGAACAUAAAGGUUAAAGAUGUUUUAUGCAGCAGGCAAUCCCAUCCCCUCACUUAUAGCAGAUUUUGGUGCACUAAACUAUUAGGUUAUUUGUUUUUCCUGACUUUAUGACAUGUAUGAAAACUAUUCAGCCCAUCUCCACAAAAACAUGUCCAAGAAAUUUGUGAACAUUUGAAUUUAAAACGACAUCAUUACAUUUGGACUAAAUUGUUUUGCUGUGUCUCCUUCAGGUCAAUGGUCUAAUGUUCUGAGGAAAUAUUUUCCUUCAGAAUUAUUUUCUAUUCAAAAGAGAAGUGCGUUUUUAUGGACAACGUUUUUAUCUAGUCGUUGUUAUAAACUGUACUUUAUUUUUGGAAUUAAGAGUGAUGCAGGCAUGUAGAAGACCAAGUUCAAUUUUGCGUCAAUUCUAUUUCCUGGCCAGCUCUUCAAAGUCAAAAAAUAAAAAUACACAACAAUACUCAUUGGAAUUCGUGAAUAUGUAUAUGGAUCAGAACCAGCUCAAUAAAAAUAAUGAUUUGUUUUCGCUUACUGUACAAAUGGAAUAAAAAAAACAAAACAUUUGCAGUGAUUGAUCAUGCACUAUUACAAUACUUAAGUGUGGAGUGCAUUUACAUUCUAACAUCUUUGUAUUUUUACAUGAUAGAAAUUGUUGCUAGCAAGGAAAAGAGUUAAUACACUGCUAUAUGCCAAAAUGAUGUGAUUUGCCUCCUAUGUAUUGUAUUUUGUCUAGCAGUUUCAUGAUGAAUAGAAAUGUGAUCAAUAAGGGACUGCAUCUCUUGGUUCUGUAUACUGAUGAUGUUGGUAUAUUACUACUUGUAGUGUGAUUUAAGAGCACAUAAUGCUUUUGUGUGUUUGUCCUUUUUCCUAACCUUACAUAUCUACAUUUCUCACCUUGUUUUUUUCCCUAUAUCCCUCAAGUAUUAUACAGUACAUAUCUUUUUGGUCGUAUAAUAGGCCUAUAUGGAGUGUGAGGAGGACAAGUGGGAGGUAACAGUUGGCAAUCUCAAGGUUUUAAAACCUUAAUGUUUUGACUGCAGGUAUCAAGCCACAUUGUCAAGUACUUAUGGACGCGUCCAACAAA